AUGCCCUUCGAGGACCUCCUCCCCUUCCUUGAGGAGGAAAUCGAAGACGCAGACGAAGUGCUGUGGAAAGUCACGCCUCUAUUUGCCGAAUGGCUCUCGUCGCCGACAAACCCCCUCUUCACGAGCGGCAUCCUCACGUCGUCAUCCACCGUCCUCGAACUAGGAUGUGGCAUCUCACCGCUCAACGCCUUUGCCAUGGCCCAGAGAAUAUCACACUACGUCCUUUCAGACCAGGACUAUGUGCAGAAACUCGUGGCGCAGAACCUGUCUGCGAAUUCGAUGCCCGUCAGAAAGCCGAAAUCCAAAGCCAAACCUCUGCAGACAGGGGAUGUGCUCUUUCGGCCUUUGGACUGGGAGCAGGAUGAGGUGACGCCGUCACUCGCAGCGCCUGCUGCGUCGUUCGACCUUGUGCUCGCGACGGACUGUGUGUUCAAUUAUGCGCUGGUAGAGCCGUUUGUACAGACGUGCGUGGAUGUAUGUGCCCUGAGGAGGAGGGAGGUGGACGACGGCGGGGAUGGGGCGGCGUGCCUGUGCGUCAUUGCACAGCAGCUGAGGAAUGACGAAGUUUUUAGAUUGUGGUUGAGUGCGUUUAUGGACAAGUUCAAUGUUUGGAGGGUGAAGGGAGAGUUGUUGGGCGCGUUGGAGAGGGACGGGUUUGUCGUGCAUGUUGGAGUUUUGAGGGACACGACGUGA